UGCCGGAACACAACAGUCUCGAGACUCCGCGGCUGUAUCAGUUAGCUCCGUUAGCUCUGUUAGCUCUGGUAGCUCUGUUAGCUCCUUCCUGCCUGCUUUCAGCCUGUUUCUGUUGAAUAUGGGGGAGGCAGACGUGACGCUGAAUCAGACCGACGAGAAGCCUCCGGACUCGGGGUUGGUUACCGGGGAGGACUCGGUGGUCUGGAGCCACGAGGUGGAGGUCUGUCUGUUCCACGCGAUGAUCGGACACAAACCCGUCGGAGUGAACCGUCACUUCCAUAUGAUCUGUAUCAGAGAUAAGUUCAGUCAGAACAUCGGCCGCCAGGUCUCCUCCUCCGUCAUCUGGGAUCACCUGGGAACGAUGUACGACAUGCAGGCUCUGCAUGAGUCGGAGAUUUUGCCGUUUCCAAACACAGAGAAGAGUUUCUCUCUGCCUGAUGACAUCAUCCAGGAGGUGAAAGAAGGGAAGCUGGGCUCAGAGGAGGAGACCAAAGAGGAGUUCAGGAUGGAGAGAGAACCUCCAGUUACACACGAAGAAGGCAGUAACUCAUCGGUGAAGAUGUCGGAGCGAACGAGCAGCAGUCGGGACAAAGAGAGGGAGCGAGACAAGGAGAAGGGAGGGAGCGAGGGAGUAGCGGCCGGAGGAGGAGGAGGAGUAGGAGGAGGCGGAGGGAAGGAGGCGGAGAAGAGGAAGAGGAGUCGAGCGGCUGAGAAACUUCUGUCGUCUUCCAACCCGGCGAGUCCGGGAGGAGCCAAGAGGAGACGCACCUGAGAGACGGACGGAGAGAGAGAGAGAGAGAGAGAGAGAGACAUAGUGUGCGUGUGGAGGAGAGAGAGAGGUGAAGAAGAGGAAGAGGAGGAAGCUGCCGUCACAGGACUCAAACCUGUGAGCUUUGUGUCACGUGACCGCCCGGCGCUGGAUGAAGUCGACUCGUGUUUCCUCGCUUCAUCUCAGAGCGGUUUUCAUCGUGUGGGAGGAAGUGACACGUCCGUACGCAUCACUUCCUGCUGCUGCAGCCGGAGCGCUCGCCGAUAUCGGGCCCCGACGUCCUUCAUCGUUUGUUUCCGUUAUCUCUGUUGUCGUGUUCACUGAGGAUGCUGGGAGCUCCUCUUUCUUGUCAAAACUCGGUGCCUACAUUACCCACAAUGCCACCCGACCGCCAACAGUUUAGGGUGUGUGACGCCAGCUAGCGGCUAACGUAGCCUCUAGCGAGCGGCGGAGGCGUCACUUCCUUCUUCCUCCUCGCCGACAGAUUGACUCAAGUGACAUCACUCGAGGACGCAGCUCCUCUGACACGUGCAGUCGAGCUCCCGUGAACACACUGAGGGGAAGUUAGUGACACAGGGAAGCGUUUUUAUUUACAGUUUAUAGAACCAUUAGCCCCGCCCCCUUUCUGCUCUGUGCUCCAAUCACAGUUGAGCAAGCCUCGACUUCCUUUACUGUACUUACAGAUGCUAGGCUGUGUGAUUGGAGCACACAGCAGAAAGGGGGCGGGGCUUAGGGAGGUUAGUGGCGAGGACCUGCAGUAGCGGUCAGGUUUUAUGGAGACCAGAGAGAAGACUCGGUUCACCUGCAGGUCCGAGCGGCGCCGUGGCGGUCCGAGCGGCGCCGUGGCGGUCUGAAGGGUUUCAUCCUCUCACUGAUCAAUACGAUGCAAUAAAUCUACGCUGUCGUGGUUUUUUUUAAAGCUUAUUAAUGUGAGUGUUUCCUGUUUAUACCUUCGGUCUCGUGUUGUGCGGUUUGAGAGUCUGAACAUCCUGUCAGCUGAUCGGUCACAUCCUCAGACCGCCAAAAUAAAAUGUUCCCUUUUAUUUUUCAGCGACGUGUUAAUUUAUUGAUGUUUGAUGAGCGACGAUUGAAGCUGAUCAGCUGUUUGUGUCAUUAAAGAUGAACUCGGAUCAAUAA